AUGGGUGCCAAAAGGCAUAAAAAUCUCAUACUAUGUUUCGAUGGAACGCGUGAGAAUUUUGGACCUCAUCCAAUAUCCAAUGUAUUGAAGCUUUAUCAGAUGCUGAAGAAUGACGAUGAUAAAAUCCAGAUGUGUUAUUAUCAGUCAGGCAUAGGUACCGAAGCAGAUUUCGAUCCCGUGGUUGAUAUUAGAAGGAAAUUGACUUUAUCUCACCUGCAAAACAUCACUGAUGCGAUGUUUGCUUCCAGUCUUGAGCAUCAUAUUGUGACGGGUUAUAUUUUUUUAAUGGAAAACUACGAGGCAGGAGAUCAAAUAUUUAUGUUUGGCUUCUCACGCGGGGCUUUCAUUGCCAGAGCAUUGGCAGGCAUGUUAGAGCGAGUUGGUCUUCUAAAUCGAGGGCUAACCGGAAUGGUAAGCAUGGCAUGGAGAAUAUACGAGAAAUGGGAAUUUUCUGAACAACCUGGUCAACCGGAUUACUCCAGCACACUGGCAGAUGAAUUCAAAAGAACCUUCUCUCGGAGCUAUGAAGUUCGCAUCCAUUUUCAAGGUUUAUGGGAUUCCGUUAACUCGGUAGGUAUUUUGCGCGAUAAGCUGUUUCCUUGUACGCAAAGGAGCGCGAUUGUGGACCACGUAAGGCACGCAGUCUCUCUUGAUGAAAGAAGGGGCAAAUACAAGCAGCAAUUAUUUGCGCCGUAUCCCAUGUUAAACCAGCCUGCCAGCGAGAAUGACAGCCAAUCGCAUUGUAAUUCGCUUCCAUCUUUGGCUAGCGAUUCCGCGCUGCAAAUGGAUCAUGCAUACUCUGCUCCUAGUCUUCUUUGCUCCACCGGUGGGGAGACUCAGAUCAGCGGUCCACAAGAUCCUAAACAGACUACCAGUGGGCAGAUAUCCUGCCUGAAUACUGCGCGAAGGGCGUUCAUAAACAAUUCUUGUUCAUCCAGUGAGGUUUCAAAUAUUGACGCUGAGAAUCAAGAUGAAUUUGAAAGCAGAAACCGCUCAACUGACACGAGAACGGGUGUGAGCCCAGAUUUGAUCGAGAAAUGGUUUCCCGGUGAUCAUUCAGAUAUUGGAGGCGGUUGGGGGGCUGAUUGCUCAACCAGAGAAGAUUUAUCGAAUUUGUCUAUCCGCUGGAUGAUUGCUGAAGCGUUUAAACAUGGAGUGAAGUUCAAACCUGGCUCAGUCACCUCUUUCGCUUCAAAGCAUACGAAUAUAGGCUCAUUGUUCUCGACAAUACAUGACAGGCUUAGUUUCAACCAAGGGAUUAAACUCACAGCGCUGGAUGAAGAAGAUAUUGAAAAACCAUAUAUUGCAACUAGCUCUCAGAUAGGUUCUUCUGCUGUAAGCUGGUUUGGAAAGAUUUUGAUAGAUCUUCGUGAAAUGAGAAAGACAGAAUCUUUAACUGAUGAAGAGGCUGCUCGAGAGUCUUAUAGUGCAAAGUGCCAAGGCAUAGGCAAAUUCGAGACUUUCUUAUGGUGGGUCCUAGAGUUUAUCCCUAUCGGCCUAAGGAUAGAAACCCAGGCGGGAAAAUGGGAAAAUGUUUAUAACCCCAACCUUGGCCGGCAUAGAUAUGUACCGCUCAAUGGUGACCUGCAUUGGUCAGUAUUUUGGCGCAUCAAGUAUGAUCAGAGGUAUCGGCCCUCAAACUUACCCAGCUAUGCAAGAGAACUACUCAGAGAGUUCGAGGGCCUUGAGUUGAAGACAGACCCGGUUACGAAUAUAAACACCAGAGCCUUGCCCCUUGAUACAUAUCCGGCAACCAAGGUAGGUGCUACCAAUACCACGCUAAGCCGUGAGCGAUAUCAAGAUGCUCAGACCUUGAUGCAGUCGCUGCUACCUGCGGAAGACCUAGCCAUGAUUGUCACUAAACAGAGCGCCAAGAGUCGCUAUCUAGCCAUGAGGAAGCGAUUUGUCCGCUGGGCGGCAACGUGUUGGCAAGAGUUUCCAGAUGAUCUCAGUGAAUUGCUGCAGAAAAAUCCUGGCGUUUAA